AGCUUAGCAUUCUGCGUGUAUUCGGCUCUCUCUAGAUCAGUAGCCAGCUAUUUACUGUGGAGCAGUGAAGAAAUAGGGGUUAUAUAUACCCGAUUCUGGUAUUAAAUUCGCAGUAUACAUUUUUAAAGUAAAGGUCAUCAGGAUGCCAAAGGGAGGUAGAAAGGGGGGUCACAAAGGACGCAUGAGGACGUACACAAGCCCUGAAGAGAUAGAUGCUCAAAUGAAAGCUGAAAAAGAACGAAAGAGGCAGGAUGAAGAGGAGGGCGCAGCAUUAAAUGAUAGUCAGACUGAGGAAAAAAUUCCAAAGUCUGACUCUGAAGACAGUGAAGAGGAAGCCUCGCAGAAGAGAAAAGGGGUAGAGGGUUUAAUAGAUAUUGAGAACCCAAACCGAGUCAUGCAGAAAACCAAGAAAGUGACAGAUUUAGAAUUGGAGGGUCCUCGACAGCUCUCCAGAAGAGAAAGAGAAGAAAUAGAAAAGCAGAAGGCUAAAGAGAGGUACAUGAAAAUGCAUUUAGCUGGGAAAACGGAUCAAGCCAAAGCAGAUCUUGCACGAUUGGCGAUAAUACGAAAACAGCGGGAAGAAGCAGCACGGAAGAAAGAGGAAGAGAGGAAAGCAAAAGAGGCAGCGGCGGCAGCAGCAGCAGCAGCGAAGGGACUCCACACGUUGUCUCUGAAAUGAUAAAAAAUGGGGGACACAUAUUCCCAAAGUUAUGGACUAAUGCAAAAUAUGAAUUUGUUCAUCUUACUAUUUUUAAAAAGAGACCAUCUAUGAAGAAUUGACCUGUACUAUAAUUUAUGAUCAUUUGAACCUUAUAGAUGAGAAAUAUUCAAGACUGUAGAUUUCACAUUCAGAAGACUCUCAUUAUCUCCUCCAGGGCUGUGUCUUGGAGAAGGCUUAGAUGUCUUUGCCAAAGUGGUUUGCAAGGAAUACCCCGUGAUCCUUCUUUAAGUCAUAAUGCAUCCAUUAUAUUUCUUAAUAUAUCAAUGUUCUGUACUGCUAUGACUUUUUGUCAUGUCUUACCACAAAGCUCUCAAUGGCCACAUUUUUUACAGAGCUCUGUUUUCUAAUAUCACAACAGUACUGGGGUACAAUCCAACAAGGCAUGUGCUCCAAAAGUUAUUUGUGCAUUACAAGGAAAGAAGCUUUUUGAUUUCCUCAGUACCCACAACUUGACAGCCAACCUGAUUCACCUUUAACACUGGACAUAUGCUGUUGAAUAAACCAGGGAUUGGGA